GGUAUAGUUUUGUUAAAACAGGAGCGGUGGUAGCGAGUUUGUAAACCAUGCGAUGAAUAUGAAUAUGAGGAGGAGGCAACCACCCCCUUCCUGUUUGCAGUCGUUGCCGGAUGAAGUGAUAUUGGAGAUCUUUCUUAGGGUUCCGGUGAGAUCCGUUAUAAGAUUGAAGUGCGUCUGCAAAUCAUGGAAAAUUCUAAUCUCCAGUCCCCAAUUCGCCAAGGACCACUUUCGUAUGAAGUCAUUUAUCUCGUCCGUUACAAGCAUGCGAUUGGCCUCUUUGGCAUACUAUAAUCACCGGAAAUUAAUAACAACAUGUCCUGUGCAGUCAUUGUUGGAAAACCCAUUAGCCCGUCGUGAAACCUCUAGCUUCACCGUGGAAAACAGAUGGGUAGAAAUUUUAGGCUCAAGCAAUGGGUUGCUGUGUUUGGCUGAUAAUUUUUGUUUAUUCAGAUUGAUCAACCCGUUUACCAGAUCGGCAUCCAAGAAAUCACCACCCCUUCCUCUUCGUCUUAAUGUGUUUAAGGAUGAGGUCGCACAGUAUGGUUUUGGUUAUGAUCAACUUAACGACAAGUACAAAGUGCUCGUUACGUAUGGCUUUCCUAGAGUAACCAAACUUUAUACCUUUGGUACUCAGUCGUCUUGGACAACAAUUCAGAAUUUCCCAUGUGAUCAGGUGCCGCAGAUGUGGUAUAAGGCAGGAAAAUUUGUGAGUGGUACUCUUAAUUGGUUCGUUCUGGAAAGAAAUGUUAUUAUUUCCUUUGAUCUGGAGAAGGAGACCUAUGGUGAAGUGUUGCUCCCUCUUCAUCUGGAAAGUGACCACCCCAACCAGCACAGGGGUCACAACCCCAACCAGCAGAUUGAUAUUGAUGCCUUGAGUAACUGUCUUUGCUUGUGUUACUUUAAUGAUAUUCAUUAUGUUGUGUGGGUCAUGAAAAAGUAUGGCAAUCAACAAUCUUGGACGAAAUUGGUGUUGAUCCCUCAUUCCAAUUUAAAAAUGCAUCGGCUAAUGUGCAUCGAUGCUUCUUAUCGCUUUGCUUACCUUCACCCCUUGUGGAUUUCAGAAAACGCCAUAGCUUUUAAGCGAACUACUGAUCUCCAAUUAGUUAUUUAUAAGAAUGGCAAGAUGGAGGAUGAUCGUGAGAUCAUGGAAAGGGAUACGCAUAGUGAUCUACAUAUUUACCGAAUGGUUUUGCAUUAUUGUGGAGUACUCUUAUUCUGCCACUGUUGAGAGGGAUCGAUUGCUUCUUCUUUUCCCUCAAAAGGAAUUGUGGAUCCACCACCUGAACCGGAAUGAAGCAAUUGAAACAGCACCAAUGGCUUGAAACAAGGUAGAAUUGAAAGAAGCUGCGGUGAGAAUGGGCAUGGGAAAACUAGUAGCACCUGGGACCACACUGGAAAAACGAGUCCCAGGGCCAAUGUUGGAAACCCCAUGAAGUGCCUCAGACCACCACUCAUCCACCGCAGAAUCCCCCAAGUUCCCAAUUUUCUCCUGCAACGUCAGCCUCUUCACCAGGUCGGCAACCCUGUCCGCCACCGGCAAUGACUUGUCGCACAAUCCAAAACUAGCAAACGAAGCGUUCUUGGUAACAUCGCUGGCAAAAGGAGGUGCUGUUUGGCCACAAACUGAAGUAAUGUGUCAUUUAUGAGUUGUGGAAAAUGGAAGGAAAGAAAAAAGUAACCGCAUUAACAACACAACAUUGUUGUUUUUUAGCGACUUUUGAUGGAAAAUUAAGGAGGGAAGAAAGAAAAUGGAAGGAAAAAAAUGCAGUUGUUGAAUUUGGCUGAGAGCCAAAAGAACAACUGAGAGAAUCUACGUAUAAUUUGAUGAUCGUGGUUUCUGGCUAAAUAUGUGGCUUACUAAGUGUAACCAUAACACACUAUAAAUUAGCAAUAGUUCAUCCUCACACAUUAAAGUAAAUGAAAUGUGAAAUAGACAAUAAGACAAGGAAAAAGAAGGUAAAAAGAGAUUGACAAAGAAAGGAAUAAAAAGGAAAAUUACUAUUUCAUUAAAACAUGAAUUUUAUUUCCUGACUCCUGAGUUUCUCAGUUUGUCCAGUAGGCAGGCAACACAAUCCUAUUUUCAAUGUUAUAAUGAUGGUUCUUAUUUUCCCAUGUGGAAGCACUUUUGACUUUAACAGAAGAAAGAUCUGCGCUUGCUGCUGGUGAGAUUUCAACUACCCUGACCCUAGACAUUAGAGAGCUUUAUUUAAAAGCUAGUAUUUAUUUCUUUAAGCUUUAUGAGGUGUAUGCAGUAAUUCUCAGACAAAGUUUAUAUAACCAUGGCUGCUGUUAACCUUUGUGGAAAGUCUAUAUCACAUUUGUUUACCGUACUGUUUCUUGUUUGUUUUGUUGACAAGCUGCAAAGCCCCUUUUCAAAACAAUAAAUUAUAGAA